AUUAAUUUUAACAGGUUUGACUGUUGAUGGCUAUGACCGCUAUGGUUUUAACAAGGACAGAUUGGACCAUAAUGGUUGUAGUUGUGGCUAUGAAGGACCCUUUGUACUUAUAGAUGCUAGACGUCUACAGGAUAUUUUACACCAUCAGACUAGAGAGUUUCUUCUUACUCUGCCUCGUAGCUGCAGUAGACAAGAUAGUGUGAGGCCUGCACUUUGGGAAAACCAAACAUGGAAUAAACAUAGUAAUAAAACUAUUCAUUUCUCUUCAUUUAAGCCAGUGUCAACUCAUCAGUCUGUUUGGUCUAAAAUGUAUUGCUUUGAUGCGGACAUAUUCUUUUCCCACUGCCCUUGCCAAGAACAGACUGUACAACCUUGUGAUGUCACCCCUGAUACCUCUAAGUGUCAGAAUUACAGAGAAGCUGAACGUGUUCUGUCUGUUUGUGACAGCUGCACCUCUCGCUGGCACGUUGAUGGUCAAUUUGUUGAUUGUUCAGAACCGAAAGAUUACUGCAUCCCUAAUCCUUGUCAAAAUGGAGGAACCUGCUUACCUUCCAGAUGGCCUCAGCAGCCUCACUUAGUGAGUUGUCAUUGUGCUCCACAGUUUGAAGGAACAUACUGUGACCAUCCUGCUACCCAGUCUUGCUACUUACCUGUGGAUCCUGGGCAUAAAAACUGUCAAGAUAAUCUGCAAAGAUGGUUCUUCAACAAGCAGACUGGGAAUUGUGAGCCUUUCGUUUAUUCUGGAUGUUUUGGUAAUAGCAACAAUUUUCCAUCUUAUUAUGACUGCAGAGUUUCUUGCAUGAUUGGAGCAUGCUGUUAUCGUACACCACUUCAUCCUGAUCGACUGUACGGCUACGAUGCUGAGGGCUAUGACAGAUAUGGUUAUAAUAGCAAUGGAUUCAAUCGACAAGGAGAGUCACAUACCUUUAAUGAUUAUGAUGGAGGUUCUCAAGGAAUUUAUGAUGAUGAUGGUUUUGAUUAUCAAGGAUAUGAUCAACAAGGUUUUGAUAAAAAUGGAUAUGAUCGCCUUGGUUAUAGUCGUCAUGGCUACCACAAAACUACAGGUUUUAAUAUUACAGGAUAUAACAGUUUUGGAGAUCAUGAUGGGAUUAUUGCUUAUGAUGUAAAAGGCUUUGACAAGGAAGGAUACAAUCGAGCAGGCUUCAAUUGUCAGGGUUAUUCUCGUGAUGGCUGGAAUUAUUAUGGACUCUGUGCUGGUUGGAAGUAUGAAUGCAGGGCCAUGUCCCUUUAUGACUGUCAGAGAAUAGAAACUGAGUAUCCCUAUUUAAAGAGGCAAGUUGUGAAGUUUGCCUUAGGUAGAAAAUGUGAAGAGACUCAAUGUGAAGAACUCUGUGGUUGUAUGUUUUUAGAGCAUUCCUAUGUUUUGGGUGAGAAGUUUAAAAUGGGGUGCACAUCAUGUGAGUGUCAACUAUCUGGAAUAAUACAUUGUUCAUGCCCCCAUCUUCUUGUUAGGAAAGAGAUAAGAGACUUGACCAUAGAGGAGUUGAAGCGAUUUCAAGAGGCUGUGAAGUACCUCCAGACAUCAACAGGAUUUCCAUCUAGGUGGCAUUAUUUCACUUCCUUAUACCACGAUUACAUUGCUCAGGCUCAUGGGGGACCUUUUUUUCUCCCAUGGCACCGAUUCUUUUUAAGACUUGUUGAGAUGGAACUUCAAAAAUUAGAUUGUGAAAUUACAAUUCCUUACUUUGAUUGGACUGUCGAUGUUGGAGCCUUAGAUACAUCAGUUGUUUGGCAGGCAAAUUACUUUGGAGGAAAUGGAAACAUUGAUGAUGGGUACUGUGUAACUUACCAUCCUUUUAAAGAUUCCUUGCAGCCACAUUGGAUGCCUUGCCUCCAAAGAAACUUCAACUUGUCUGUACACUUACCUGAUGCAGUAAACCUACAAUUGAUUCUGAAUGAAGAAUCAUAUGACAACUUCAGAAUUAAGUUAGAAUCUAUUAGCAGCCUUUUUCAUCUUUUUGUGGGGGGCCAAAUGGCCUCCCCAGAUAGUGCUUAUGAUCCAAUCUUUCUGGUACAUAUUGCUUUUGUGGACAAAUUGUGGGAUAAUUGGCAGCACCAAAAGAAAACUUCUAUUCCUCAAUUUCCACCAGAACUUCGAUAUGUUCCAAUGAUGCCUUUUGAUGUCACUCCUGAUGAUGUACUUGUAAGUCACCAGCAACUUUGUGUGACUUAUUUACUGCCAACAGAAGGUACUCCUUGUAACGCUAGUACAAUUGUGUCUCAUGAACAAGAAAAUAGAGACUUUGAUCUUAAUGGUUUUGACAGGAAUGGCUAUGACAGAAAUGGUUAUGACAGCAUGGGUUGGAACUUUAAUGGAUUCAGUAAAGAUUUCUUUAACAGAGAUGGUUUUGAUCAUAAUGGAUAUGACCUUUCAGGCUAUAACCGUUAUGGAUUUGAUAGAAGUGGCUGUAAAGACACUGGAUUUUGCAUUAAAGUUGGAAUAGAAAUCCAACCUGAUAGCCUACCUGGUGGUUUUGACAGUAAUGGCUACAAUCGCUUUGGCUUCAAUGUUUUUGGUUAUGAUAGAAGAGGCUAUGACAUCUAUGGGUUUGACAGCAAAGGCCUUGAUGAAAAUCACUGCAGUUAUGGGCAUGAAGGUCCAUUUUAUCCUCACUUCAAACACUGGGUAGAGGAACAAUUAUCACUAGUUCCUAUUGAGAAACUUCCAACAAUUGAAAGAAUUUGUCCCCAGAUGUCCACAGUUCCUAACUGGUGGCUAGAGUUGGUUUGGCUUGUUAGAGAUGGCCAAGUUGAUGUGAUAAGAGAAUUUGAGGUCACAGUAACUCUUCAGCAUCCAGUGGAUACUAAAUAUAUAGGAGAAACUUCUAAUGGAGAAUGGCAGCCACCUAUGCCUGAUGAAAGGUUUUGUUUUAAGCUAAAUUUCUACACUGGUUGUGAUAUGGGAACCAUGCCUUUGCUCUGUACUCAUGACAAAUGUACAAAUGCCUCCUGUCCUGGAUUUCCUGAUGCUCACUGUCAACCUAAAGGAUGUGAUGUGUGUGAAGCAACAUUUGUGGAUGGAUCAUCAGGAGAAACUGUGGAGUGUUUGAAUCAAAAAUGCCAGGACAAAAAUGGAACUUUCCGAGAAGAUGGAGAAGUGUGGUACGAAAAUGUUUGCCAAAAAUGCAGAUGUGAGGCAGGUCAAGUAACAUGCAUACAUGUGACAUGCCAGAAAAAUUAUGCCUGUCUUCACCCUAUCAGGAAAGAUGGACAGUGCUGUCCUCUAUGCAAAGGUUGUAUGUAUGAAGGACAAGUAUAUGAAAACAACACGAAGUUUAAUCACCCCCAAGACCCAUGUCUCACAUGCAUAUGUACAAAUGGGACAGUACAGUGUACUAGUACUGUCUGUCCUUUGACAAACUCCUGUGACCCAAAAGACCUUAUAACACCUGUAGGUCAUUGCUGUCCUCUGUGCACUACAUGUGGACCACAUCAACAUGGGUCACAUUGGCAAGAAGAACCUUGUAAAAUAUGUACAUGUAAGGUGGGAAAAGUAGAAUGUGAACAGAUGAGAUGUCCCUCACCAUUCUGUUCUCAUCCUUGGACACCCCCUGGUGGAUGCUGUAAAGAAUGCAGUGGUUGUCUGUUUGAAGGCAAUAUUUACACAGAAGGUGAAAGAUUCAGAUCUUCUUGCAGUGACUGUGAGUGUAAGAGAGGUAAUGUGAAGUGUGAGAGGACAAAAUGCCCACGAGUUCACUGCUCUCAGCCAACAAUUAGACCUGGUGAAUGUUGUCCUGUGUGCGUGGGAGACAGCUGUCAAUAUGAAGGAAGGAUAUAUAGAAAUGGAAGUUUUUUCUCUCCUAAUUUUAACCCAUGCCUGAAUUGCUCAUGCAAGGACAUGAAAGUGAGAUGUCAGCCAAAGACUUGCCCAGAGAAGAACUUGUCAUGUGCUCAUCCAAUAACCUUGCCUGGAGAAUGUUGUCCUGUGAGGUGCCCAAGCUGUAUACAUAAAGAACAGGAACACCAGCAUGGGGAGAAAUGGCCCUCAAUAGAAAAUGAUUGUGAAGUGUGUAAAUGUAUGGAAGGAGUGGUAACGUGCCAUAACCGAGAACCUUGUCAGUCAGAAUGUAUACAUGGAUAUAAGCCUCCUAAAACUUGUUGUUCUCCUUGCAUAGAUUGUGUAUAUGAAAGUCAAGUGGUUCAGAAUGGACAGACAUUCACUCCACCACAUGAUCCUUGCCUCAAGUGUACCUGCAAUCUUGGAAAUAUUGCUUGUUCUAGAUUAAAGAAUACCUGUCCACCUUUGUCCUGUCAAAUCACUGAGAUACCUGAAGGACAGUGCUGUCCAGUUUGUAAAGGUUGUGAGGAUGAAAUGAGACGUCACUUGGAACAUGGAAGACGAUGGAUCCAUCCCAGAGAUAAUUGUCAAGUUUGUACUUGUUUGGAAGGAAAAAUUCGUUGUGAUAGACAAAAGUGUGAUGCUCGCUGUUCUCACCCAAUUAAACGCUCUAAUCGAUGUUGUCCAGAUUGCAAUGGUUGCCAGUUUCAUGGAGUAGUGUACCAUCAUGGAGCAGAAAUCAAAACAGAAAAUCCUUGUACCAAAUGUUAUUGUUAUAAUGGUAAUGUUGGAUGUGAGUCUGUCCGAUGUUCAAAUGUUUCUUGUGGCAGGCCUUAUAUCCCAGCAAGCUCCUGCUGCCCAGUUUGUGAUGACUGCCUCUAUGAUGGAUCUACUUAUAAAGAUGAAGAGAUAUUUUUUCCAUCUUCUGAUCCCUGCUUGAAUUGUACAUGUAAGAAAGGUAUUGUGAAAUGUGAAAACAUUGAAAACCUCUGUAACCCUCAAUGUUCUCAUCCAGCAAAAAGCAAGGAGCAGUGUUGUCGUUUGUGCAAUGACUGUGAGUAUAAACAGAGAAACUAUAUGAAUAAUCAAGAGUUUUUGUCACCAGAUGGAGACCCUUGUGUAGUUUGUCAUUGUAGGGAUGGUUUUAUAACUUGUAUCAGAAAAGAAUGUCCUCCAGUAAUAUGCAAGAACCCCAUUAUGUUACCAGACCAAUGUUGUCCUUCUUGUGCAACUUCCUGUAAUGUUCAUGGAUCACCUAAACAUGAAGGAGAUAUCUGGACAGACCCAGAUGACAAUUGUCAAGACUGUAGAUGUAUUCAUGGACAAGUCCAGUGUCAACUGAGACCUUGUCCAGAAGCUCCUUGUCCACACCCUGCUGCUCCAUAUGGAGAAUGCUGCCCAGUUUGUGAACACUGCCAAUUUACUAGACGUUUAUAUCGCAAUGGUCAGAAGUUUGUUCAUCUUGGGGAUCCCUGUCAGACUUGUAAAUGUCAAAAUGGAGCCGUUACCUGUGUCACUACCGUAUGCCCUCCUCUGAAGUGUUCCAACCCUUCAGUUUCCCCUGAACAAUGCUGUCCUCUUUGUCCUGAAAUUAUUAACUGUCAGCAUAAUGGUGAAACUUAUAAUAUUCAAGAAACCUUCCCAGAUUCAAAGAAUUCGUGCAGGCAGUGUGUCUGUUUAGAUGAUGGUAAUGUUGUCUGCCAUCUUCUUCCUUGUCCAGAUGUCACUUGUCCCAAUCCUUUUCACGGAGAGUGUUGCGAGCAGUGUAAUGGAUGUUCUUAUAGUGGAAAAAAUUUCAGAAAUCAACAAGACUUCACAGAUCCAGAUGAUCCAUGUAGGAAAUGUCACUGUCGGGAUGGCCAUGUGACCUGUAGCCAUGUACAAUGUUCCCUUAUAGAUUGUAAAUCUUUCAUUGAAAUAGAAGAUGAAUGUUGUCCAGUUUGUCAGGACUGCCUGCACAAAAAUCAAAGAUUUUCUGAUGGAGAAAGCUUCACUGACUCUACAGACCCUUGUUUAACUUGUCAGUGUAAGAAUCAACGGGUAGUAUGUUCUAGACAGAUCUGUCCAAAAGAAACAUGUUUACAUCCAUUGAUUACAAAAUGUUGCAAAGAGUGUGUAGAUUGUUUCUUUGAAAAUAGAAAGUUUCCCAACAGGCUGUCAUUCCAAAGGCCCUCUGAUCCUUGUCAGACCUGCAUGUGUGAGAAUGGAACUGUAAGUUGUAAGUCCAAAAUCUGUGAAGAACUUGAAUGUACUCACCCCUUCCAAGGUCGUUGUUGUCGAGAGUGUGGCUCUGACUGUAAAUUUAGAAAUCAAAGGUAUAACAAUUGGCAAGUAUUUCCAGAUCCAUUUCAUCCAUGCCUUGAAUGUGAAUGUAAACUGGGUAAUGUCACAUGUAGAGAUAAACCCUGUCCUUCUGCACACUGUGACCACCCUUUGAAACGUCACUGUUGUGAAGAGUGUGAAGAUUGUUUUUACCUUAACCGAGCUAUAUCCAAUGGCCAGACAUUCCGAGAUCCAUCAAAUGUAUGUAAUCAGUGCACUUGUGAGGAUGGAAACAUUUAUUGUAAGAAACAUCCAUGCCAACCAGUUUCAUGUCAGCAUCCAGUUUCAAAUGGAUGUUGUCUUGUAUGUAAUAAAGGGUGUUUUUUUGAAGGAAAGAAGUAUGUAGAUGGAGUAAAAUUUGAAAAUCCUCAUAAUACAUGUCAACAGUGUUUGUGUUUGAAAGGAACCGUGAAGUGUUCUGCUAAACCUUGUCCACCAGUAAGGUGCAUUAGUCCUAAACAGGGAGAGUGUUGUCCAGAGUGUCAUGGUGCUUGCAUGUAUGGUAACCAACAAAAGGAAAAUGGUACUACCUUUCCGCAUGUUACAGACAGUUGUAAGGAAUGUCUCUGCUGGAAUGAGACAGUUGAGUGUCAUAGAAAAGCUUGCCCUUUUGUAGCAUGUCAGAAUCCUGCUCAUGGCCAUUGCUGUCCAGAGUGCUAUGAUUGUCUGUUUCAUGAACAAAGAUGGUCACAUGGAACAACAUUUGAAGAUCCUCAAACUUCCUGUAGUAAAUGCAGAUGCCAAGCUGGUAAUGUGUCUUGUAAACCAGUGAGAUGUCCACACCUGUCCUGUCCUCUUCAGUUUACCCCACAAGAUGAGUGUUGCCCUGUUUGUGAAGGCCCAUGUGUUUACGAAGGUGUGAAGUAUGGGGAUGGGGAAGAAUUCACAUCUACUCAAAGAUGCCAAAAAUGUUUGUGUGUUAAAGGUAUUGUUCACUGCACAAAGUUAGAAUGUCCUGACUGCUCACACCCUAUAAUUGAUCCUAGUCACUGUUGUCCUCAAUGCUCAGACUGUACAUAUCAUGGAAAGGAGUACAGAGAGGGACAAAAGUUUUUAGAAUACCCUUGUCAAGAAUGUAUUUGUAAGGAUGGCACCGUAACUUGUUCUUCUAUUGUUUGUGAUACACCAGACUGUAUAAACACAGUGGUGCCUGAAGGACAGUGUUGUCCAACCUGUGCAGGUUGUGUUGUGAAUGGUGUAUCUUACAAGGAUGGAGACCAUUUUAUUAAUCCUAAAAAUACUUGUGAAGAAUGUACUUGUGCGCAAUCUGAAAUAAUUUGUAGCAAGUCAUCCUGUCAGCACUCUUGCUCACAUCCAACACCAUAUUCUUGUUGUCCCAUUUGUGAUUCCUGUUUAUUUGAGAAUACUGAAUAUGAAAAUGGAAAACACUUUGCACCAGAUCUUUGCCGAAAUUGCAUUUGUACAAAUGGAAAUGUUCAUUGUGUGGAAGAAGCCUGCCCAGAGUUAAACUGUGUGUUAAGAAUCAAAGUUCCAGGGCAGUGCUGUGAAGUUUGUCGAGGUUGUGUUUAUGAAGGAAAACAGUAUGAAAAUGGUGUCAGUUGGACAUCAGUAACAAACCCCUGCAUGUCAUGCCAAUGUCAAGGUGGGGUUGUGACCUGUGGAGAACUCCAUUGUAUUGUCCCAUGUGAAAAUCCAGUGCCUGUACCCGGUCAUUGUUGUCCAAUGUGUCCAGAUUGUGAAAUGAAUGGAAAAAGCUACCAGAAUGGAGAGACUUUCACACCCAAUGAAAACCCUUGUGAUAUUUGUUCAUGUGAGGCAGGACAACUUCUCUGUAUUACUCAGCAAUGUCCAUCACUGCUGGACUGUCCACUUGAAGCCAUCAGAUCACCAGGAGAAAGAGAGUGUUGUCCAACUUGUGCAGGUUUUGGAACUAAUUGCACUUUAGAGCAUCUUGAUAUGGUGGUUCAUCCAAGUAGUGACCCCUGCUUUACAUGUACUUGUAAGGAUGACUUCAACUGGCUCUGCUUGCAGGAAACUUGUGAAAGACUUCAAUGUCCACCACAAGAGAUUUAUCAUAAUAAAAAUGAAUGUUGUCCAAAGUGUAAAGUGUGUUUAACAGAUGAAGGAAAGACCUAUCAAACUGGUGAAAAUUGGACAUCUAUAUUAGAUCCAUGUUUAUUAUGUCAGUGUAAUUAUGGAGAUAUAUCUUGUGACUUCAUCAAGUGCUCCAAAGUGACUUGCCUUGAUAGUGAGACUAGACUAGUUCCAGUUGGCAAGUGCUGUGAAGUGUGUGUUCCUGCUCAACGAAUGACAUGUUUUUAUGGAGGCAGAACUUUCCAAGAUUUAGAGAGGUGGAAUCCUGAUGUAUGUACAGAGUGCUACUGUAAGAUGGGCAACAUUUCUUGUCACACACAGAGGUGUCUACCACUGCAGUGUCCAUCAGACCACAUUCCUUCAGUUGAUCCAGGACACUGUUGUCCUAAGUGUAUUCCUCGACCAGCUACCUGUGUGACUUUUGGUGAUCCACACUACCGGACUUUUGAUGGAAUGAUGAUCCAUUUUCAAGGAACUUGCCGUUACAUUAUGGCCUCAGAUUGUGACGAAGGAAACUUUAGAGUUGAAGUCCAGAACAGUGAUCGUGGAAUCCAGGGAGUUUCCUGGACUGAUAGUAUAACAGUGAUUGUGAAGUCUAUAACUGUAAACCUAUGGCAAGGUCCAGUUGUCUCGGUGAACAAUAAAAAUGUAACGCUCCCUUUCUUCCAAGAUCCCAUUCUCUACAUUGAAAAUACAGGGGAGUCAGUUUUGGUUAACACAGAUGUUGGAUUGAAGGUAUUAUGGAAUGGUGACAGUUAUGCAGAAGUUAGUGUGUCAGGGUCCUACCGUGGUAAGAUGUGUGGUUUAUGUGGCAACUUUAAUAACUUCCCACAAGAUGACCUUCGUGUUCCAUCAGGAGAAGUUGUCACCUCAGAAGCAGACUUUGGAAACAACUGGAAGAGCCCAGGUCGUCAGUUAUCCUCAUGUAAAGAUGCAUUUAAUAUUGACCCUUGCAGUGAAGGAGGAUACCAUUCCAGACGAACUGCCAUUUCCAAGUGUUCUGUUUUAAAGGACCACCUGUUCGCUCCAUGCCACAGGGUGAUUCCACCAGAACCAUACUUUGCUGCAUGCAUCUAUGACCUGUGUGCCUGUAGUGAGAAUGACAACUGUUUAUGUGACAUUUUAUCAAGUUAUUCUCAAGAAUGUUCCCAAGCUGGGGUAGUGCUACACUGGCGUUCUUCUGGGCUGUGUGCAAUCAGUUGUCCUUCCGAGAGUGGUCAAGUUUUUGAUGAAUGUGGUCCUGCUUGUCCAAGAACGUGCACAAACAAAGAUGUUCCAUUUGGUGUUUUAGAAGCUCAGUGUUUUAAGCCAUGUGUACCUGGCUGUCAGUGCCUAGCUGAUAAAGUGUUACAUAAUGGGCACUGUAUCCGUCCAGAAGAAUGUCUUAAGAAUAAUCAAUCAUAAAUUGUGAAUCAUUUAGACUUUAAUUAAAGAAUUUCCUUUGUUUGUUUAACAAGAUAAUUGUCUUUAGAAGUUUUGCCUUAUUCCACUGUAAAAAAAAAAAGAAGAAAAGUUUAACAGUGUUUACUGGUAUUUUCAUUAGUUUUAAGAUUAGCACUAGUGCAGUGAUGGCUGAAAGGUUGUACAAAACUAUGAUGUAUAGAUAUAUAUAAGGGCAUAAUGAAAAAUAUCCUGUAAUAUUGUUUUCCAAAUAAGGCAUUUAAAACUUUGAAUAUGUUUCAUGUGUACUGCACAGUACAAUAAUUAUGUUCAGAAUAAUUCUCCCAGUUACAUGGAAUUCUAUGGUGUGGAAAACGAAGAAACAUUUAGACAUCUUUAUUCAAAUUGCCAAGUCCAAUAAAAAUCAUAUAAUUUACAUUUUUAAUUAAUUGCUUAAUGUUGUUUUAUUUUUGAUAUUAUAUUCCUCUUUUUAGUUUUUUUUAUACCCCCUGUACGAUCACUG